UUUGGUAUUGUGAAAAUCGUUGUGUGAUAAGGAGUGAAAUUAAAUAAAAACUAAAUUAUAGCAAAAAUAGUUGAGUAAAUUGUAAAACUUUAGCAAAGUUAUAAUGCCUGAUGUGCUUGUUACCAAAAAGACAAAGCUUAUCAAUAGGAUUUGAACUCUUAUGUAUAUCACAUAAAUAUGAAUGGAAAAGGCAACAAAACAGAAAUCCAAAAUUAUAUACAACAGUCUAAGCAGGAUGUGCCGGAAUCAAGAAUUGCUAGUGGUUUGCAACCAGAAAGACGCAGUUCCCGUGUUAUACAUAAGACUGCGACGCUAAAUGAAGAGCAGACACUUCGGAAGAGUAUAAAUACUUGUGCAGUAACUGACAAUGGUGAUCUCAAAAAUAUGCAAUUUAGUGACACAGAAAGUGACUUCGCAGGAUUUGCUUCGGUAUCUAGCUCGAUUGGUAAUAGAUCAGAACGCCAUUGCGUAUUAAAGAAAAGCGUAAGAAAGUUUCUAGAAAGUAAUGGCACCAUUGAGUUGGAAAGUUUAAACAUGAAUAAUAGUAAAUCUUCACAAGACGGACCAAAAGGAGAGCUUUUCGGAGAUUGCAAGCGAGUAAGACUGUCAAAUAAAGUAGAAGCUGAACUGCACCCAGCUAUGAAAAAGGAGAGGAAAAAUUUGAGUGAUCCAAAAGAGAUUGAUCAUCCUGUCCCCACACCAAUGGAUCAAAUUGUUGAAGUCAACUCGAAGUCUACAACUAGUUCAGAGGCGUAUAAAAGGCAAAAAAUCAACUCAAAACUCCAACUGCGUUUGCUUUUAAAUCAACAAGCACUGCGUAGUAAUAGCCAUAAUAAUAAGUGCUCCACAGAAACCACCAGUGACUUUCCAGUCAGUUCCCCUUCAAAUCCCCAUAAUUGGCCUAUUCUUCACAAAAAUACAUUACCUGCCGAUAUUUUUGAACGAAAUCUAGCAUUACUAACAGAGCAAAACCCACAAAUGUCGCUGGAAGAAAAAAUUAAUGCUUGGAAAUGUGAUUUAGAUCUCAGUGAUGUGGAGGAUGUGGGAAGUUUUGAUGAUCUUUUCAAAGAGCACGAGGAGUUGAAGCAAAAAGUUGUACAUGGUAAAAGAAAUAUGGAUGGAAAACCAAUUGAGCACCAAUAUGAUUUCACCGUAUUUCGUAAUGAAGUUUUACCAAGGAUCAGUGCUGCAACUACCUUUAAAGAAAAAACGGAAAAGUUGUCAAUAUCUGGCGCUGCCACUUUAACAGCUCAAAGACGUAUGCGGGCGGCUCUAGAAUUUGAAUGUAAAAAACGUCAACAGCUGGAUCUGUUAAGAGAAAAGGGUGCUACAACACCGACGUUUACAUCUUCCUCGGAAAAUGAUGUGCUUUUCAAUUCCGUCUCUAAACAAAUAUUUAACGCAGCCCCAAAAAAAUUACGUUGUAAAGGUUCCGAUAAAGCUAAUAAUGUUUCGAAUGGACAAUCUUUUUGUGACAUUUCGAUACCAGAUGAACCAAUACGUCGACAUUCUCAUUCUGCAAUAGAAAACCAUCAGACGAAUACAUCUAAACGACCCCGACCAUUACCUGACGAGGAGUCGCUUUUUAAAUUAUGCCGCCUCAAUAAAGAAAUAGACAAAAUCAAUCAAAGAAGUGAAACAAAUACGCGGGGACUUAUUCAGAUGCGUUUUGAUUUUGCAAUACAAAACAAAAGUCAACACCUGCACGAGAAAAGAAGUCAAUUGUUUAAAACACCUACAGUACCAUCAAAAUACCUUCCGAUGCCUGAGCCAAUCGCUCUAAAAGUACCCGCGCCCAAGUCAAAGAAAAACAUUAGCUUUAGUGGUAAUACUAAAAGUGAAAAUGCAAAAAUUCUAUGCCGUCUAUCCGACGAGAAUGAGAUGCCAAUGCAAAUAUCUUGCGCAUCGCCACCUGAAGCUGAUCGGUCUGACUCUGAAUGUUCUCCAAGUCCCAAAACCAUUGCAUCUGCCGCUACUUGUCAUCAACAGCAUGAGUUUUGCAAUUAUUUGGGGUUGACCGGAAUGUCCACUGCAAAUGCAGUAGCAAAUGCUGUGGCCGAGCUAGCAAAGUGUAAUUUAACUAGACGCUCUUUGCGUGUCCGUCAUUUGAAACACCAAGAGAAGAAAGGAAAGAGUCAAAAGGUAACAAAAAACUGUUCGGACGGAAAUGGGUUAGUGCAAACAUUAGCGCACGAAAUGACAACAACAGAUCGCAGCCAUGAACAAAGGGAGUUAUUGUCGAACCACACAGAAAUGUCAGUAGAUUUGAGCGAAAGCAAGUGGCAACUCAUAACCGAAGAGAGAACUAAAAAUCUCACGCCCAUUGCUGGUGAAGUUGCCAUUGGAAAGGAACCAGAAAUAAAAAUCGUUUGCAAAAUUUCUUCCAAUGUCGACAAGGAAGAAGCCAAUUGCGCCGAAUCGGUUGCAACACCCAUACGUCAAACACUGUUGCGCCAUUUGAAGCAAAAAGCAGUAAAUUCAAAUGAUACCUCAACCUGCCCACGUUCAUCGAUUAGUGAUGUUUUUGAUGGCGAUGAAAUAAGCAGCAAUCCAACACCAAAUAUAUUACAAAAAAAUGAUAAGAAUAUGCAAUCUAAAUAUCGGCUUUCACCAACACAAAUCAGUACAUGCUCAUCGUUAAAAAAUACCACGACUUCUAAAAGUGCAGAAGAUCAUGAUUGUAUCAAAUUGCAACUACAUGAUAAGUUUAAAAAAUACUUAGAAGCAUCACGUAAAAUUAAACCCAGCAUUUACAUUGUUCAAGCUCUGCAUAAUCCCGAACCUGGACAAUGCUCACAACGUGAAAAUAAUUGCUUUGUAGAUGUAAAAGUUGAAGGGUCAUUGGAAGAAAAAAAAAUGUUGAGUAUUCAAUCAGUAAAUAAUCUAAAAGCCGCGAGCAUACCAAAACAUAGCGAAAAACUGCAAAGUAAAGGGGAAAAUGACAAUAAUGCUGAAAUGAAAGAAAGAGAACUGUUACGAUCAAAAACACUUUCAAAAAAGAAGAAAAAAGAGCACUUGCGCAAAUUGUUGGCUGUGGCUACACCUUGGCAUAAAAUAAAAAAUCAUCGCCAACUUCGGAGCCGUAAAAUUUUACUGGUAAAAAGAAUAAGAUCAACAUCAAACACAAUCAAAAAAUCUGUGAAAAAAACAAUUAAAGUCGGCCAAUUGGAGCCCUGUAGUGUAGUUUCAUCUUCAAAAAGUGAAAUAUCUAAUAUAAGUAGUUCAAAAUUAAGAAAAGAAAAGUCUCAGGGACAUAAAAACAGAUAUACACGACUUCAUAGAAGUAGUAUAAAAUCUAGGGGCACAAUAUUGCCUGCUGAUGAUCCACGAACUUCAAAAAAUGGUCUUACAUCGCCGGUACGAAAGCUGCACGCAAAGCCCCAAAUAGUUUUGCCAGCGAACGCGUCAAAUAAUGUAAAAUUAGAUUCCCAAGUAUCAAACCAUGAAUGUGAAACUGUUGUUGUAUCUUCGACAACCAAUAGUUAUGAUGAGGCGAUGUUAUUCAAAUUAAAUAACAGCCCUAGUCAAAUAUCUCGCGAGCACAAAGCAGUUCAAAAUAAUGCAUCUUAUGCUACUUUAACCAAAGAUCGUAGUACCCAAAGUGCGCCCCCAUUGGGUAUACAUUUUCUAAGUACACCAAGCAAACAACUUCCGAAUCCUGUAAAAGCUAUUAAUGGUGAAGUCGACUAUAUUUACUAUGAAAUGGAUGUGCUUAUUGUUGUUCAAGAAAAGUUGGUGAGCUUUUGGAAAUAUUUUAAGCUUAUUAAUGCAUUAGUUGGAACGCAGGAUUGCGAAAACUGUUCGCAUCGGCAAAUUGGCAAUGGGGACUUAUACCUGCCUUCGUAUCCUUCUACGGGUGAUGUAGCACCCCAAUGGCUACCGUUAGGGGAGUGUCGUCGCCUUGUCGCCGAUAUGGAAAUUUCAACUUCAUACGCUAAUCGAAUUUGCAUACACAACUCCAUACCGAUUUACGUCGAAAUGCGCUGCUGCGAGCUAUCACAUGAGCGACGGGAUUGUAACCUCCUCUCAAUAUAUAUUAAUAUAUACUAUUUUAAUGACGAAGAUAUGGUCGCUAAGAUGCAUUCAAUACAACUUGAUGCGGUGCAGUGUUUGCCCUCUGAUGUCGUCUACACCACAAUAACUGAGUCACGAUACUUUGUUAUGUCUUGGCCACAGGAAAAUAUAUUGGGUAAACCUCGCUCAGGUCUCUGCAAGUAUUCUUUAACCCCCAAUUUGGAUACUUUAGCGAGUAUACGGGACUUCAAGCACAUGAGACAUUGCAUUCGCUAUCUCGAGUGUACCGCAGAUGACAAACUGAUCGGCUUUGGGGAAUCACAACUAACCAUAUGGGACCAUCGUAGCGGCGAUGUGUUGAUGAACUAUGAUUUCAAUAUGAAGCUGGGCCAGAACUUGGGUUCCAUAUAUUACCCAAGCUUAGAAAUUGGGCAAAAUAGUAUGCUGGUAUUAUUUCAAUAUAUAAAAAAAGUAGAAGAAUCCGAAUUAGCUGAAGUGUUUGCUAUCGCUUGUAGUGUGUCACACACAACCCCGUCACAUCGUAUUCUGAAGCGUCUUAAAACGCCUAGUUUAGCUUUUAAGUCAAUACAAAGCGCGAUAAACACCGGUGAUAAUAUAGUAAUAACUGCGAAAAAUGAUGAAGAAAUGUGGAUAAAUUGCGCGGACGCAACCACCAUAACAAGAGUGCCACCUCAAUAUACCAGACGUUUCUAUGCGCGAGGAAGAUCGCAAAUUAUUGAAUUGACCUGUAAAACCCUUACAGUCGACUCGUUCGCAAAUCACGUAUUAAGAUUGGCCGCAAAUCCAUCGUUUAAAGAUGAUAAAGUGAAGUGUGAUGUGUAAGCGUGCAAUGACGACAGAUUUGAAAGGCGUCGACAAAUGCGACAAGUAGAGAAUUUUAGAUUUUACAUUUAGCUCCAUAAAAAUAUUCUUGGAUAUGAAACUUUCAAAAUGCGAAUAUGUAAAUUUUACGAAAAAAUUAUAAUUUUAUAACCCGAAUAAGUGUAAAAAAGUGGAUAACUUUUUUUGGUUGCUUGUUUGUUCAAAAAUUAGUUCACCCAUAUCUCUACGGGCGAUCGUUCGUAUUUUGAUAUUCAAAUCAAGAUUGCCUAUUAGAAAUAAAUGUCAAAUAUAGAUGUGUGGAAAAGAGUUACCCAACACUGUUUUAUUAAUUAAGUGAAUUUCACGUGUUUCCGUUUUUCCCCUUCUUCAAAAAGUUAUUUUAAUAUCUUUUAAUUAUUUUUUAACGUUAUUUGGCACAAUUUUACGUAUCAAAAAUUGAAAUUGUUUGGGGCGAUUUCUUUUGAUGAAACGAAAUGACAGUUAAUCGGUAAUGAAUAAUUUUCUGUGCAGACAUUGGGUAAUGAAGCAAUUAAUGAAAUUGAUAUUCCCGUCCACAAUAUCUGGAUUAUAGUGAAUAUAAAUUUGAAAUAUAAUA